AUGUAUCAUUGCGAGACGGUGUUCGGCAGCUAUGAUGAUGGUGUGCUGGUUGCCGGUCGCCGCCCGAGGGGAGCAAGCUGGCUCAUGAUUCAUCCUCCACCACCACCACCACCUCCACCACCGCCACCGCCACCGCCACCACCACCACCACCGCCAUCACCGCCAUCCCCCGCUGGUGGUUGCCAGGGUGCCCGACUGACUGACUGA